UCUAUAAAACAUUUCCAUGGACCAUGGCGAACCUCCACAGCUCACAAACCCUCACCACUCACCUACAGCCAGCUGAGAAGAACGACUUGCUAGUUGCAACCACCUCUAGCCGGCGACAGGAACUGAUGGCGGCGGCCAUGAGCUACGUGCAUGCCGACGUGGAGAACCUCAAGGCGACGGAGCUGAGGCUCGGCCUGCCGGGCGUCGAGGAGAGCGACAAGAUGCCGUCGCCGCCGUCCACUCCCAGGGCCGGCACCAAGCGCGCGCUCGCCGGGGAGCACCGCGAGGAGGAGCCCAAGGCCGCGCCCCCGGCCGCCAAGGCGCAGGUGGUUGGGUGGCCGCCGGUGAGGUCCUACAGGAAGAGCUGCUUCCAGCAGGCGAGCAGCAAGACCAAGGAGGCCGCGCCGGCACCUGUGGUGGUGAAGCAGGAGGAGGCUGCCGUUGCCGCGGCGCCGCUCGCCGCCGCAGCCGCGGGUGGAUCACUGUACGUGAAGGUGAGCAUGGACGGAGCACCCUACCUGAGGAAGAUCGACCUCAAGAUGUACAAGGGCUACCGCGAGCUCAGGGAGGCCCUGGAGGCCAUGUUCCUUGGCUUCUCCGGCGACGCAGGCAGCGUGAACCCGUCCGACUUCGCCGUGACCUACGAGGACAAGGACGGCGACCUCAUGCUCGUCGGCGACGUGCCCUUCGGGAUGUUCAUGAGCACUUGCAAGAGGAUGAGGAUCAUGAAGGGAUCCGAAGCGAGAGGCCUAGGAUCAUCAAAGGAGUGAAACGGAAUCCAUCUACGGAGAACACGCAACAUGCCAUGGGUGCAUGUGUGCAACAUGGAGGAAUUCUUUUGUUCUUUUGGGCAUGUUGUCGACUCAUCUACCACAGUGCUACUCUUCAAGGCAAAGACGCAAGCUGAUUCGAGUGGAGUUUUAUUUUGUUUUUGUUUUUAAAAAAUAGGUGUUAGCAACACAAAAGGAGUGGAGAUCCGUUCGAGUUGAAUCGGAUCUCCAUGUGUGUUUGUACAAAGAAAACAGCUUUCUUUCCGUGUUAAGCUAUGUCAAUGGUUGGUUGAUGUCUCCCUUGAGUUUGGUUAUAUCAAAGGUUGCAAGAAAAUUUCAUUCGGUGGCA